AUGGCCAAAAAAACAAAAUUACCUCCAGAAAUCAUUUGUCUAAGUGAUGAUGAUGAUGAUGAUGUUGAUCAUAAUAGUAAAAUUAAUACUAAAAUUACAACUCCUGUAAAGGAAAAAGAAUUAUUGACAACUAAUAAUAGUAAUAAAUAUGAGCCAUCAAAUUGGAUUAUUCAAGAUAAAGAUAUCAUACAUGUAUCACCAUUACCAUCUAAAUAUUCAGAUAUUUAUAAAAAACCAUUUGAAAUUCGUUGUUCCAGUGUUCGUUUUGGUAUUACAGAAUUUAAUAUUGAUUCUGAAAUUGUUCUUAUGAAAGAAACAGAAUUUGAAAUGAAUCUAUCAAAGAAUUUUAUGGAUAAUCUAAGCAUAAAAUUAGCUUAUUCAGAUGUAGUUAAAUUUUAUUUUUCAUUCGAAUCUCAAACACCAGCUGCAUUUAUUCAUGUUCGAAAUGAAUUUGCAGUACUUUUUGACAAAUUUAUUCCAACAUCUGAUGAACAUGGAAAAGGUUUCAAUCCAAAUUCAAAAGAUGAAAAACGACGUCAUAUUAUAUUUUGUUUAAAAGCAUUGACACCAGAUAUGGAACGAAUACAUAUAGCAACAAUUUUCUAUUUUCUUAAAACAAAAUCUACUAAAAUUGUAAAAUUUAAUUUAUCAUAUGAAAAUAAUUCUAUAUUCAUUUACUUGUAGGAUGUUUUAUGUAUAAGU